CCUCUCUCGCUCCGCCCCUGAGGGGGUCGACCCCUUAACCAGAGAGGCACGGGCCAACCUAGUGCGUCGUGUGGGCGUGGCGGGGGCUGCGGUCUGCGGGCGAAGGUGGCUGCCCAUUGGAGGUCCCGGAAGCGAUGUGCAGCUGCCGCCAGGCGCUGGGAUAGUCGCUGGCCGUCUGCAUCUCCACCCGCCGAGCCCCUGGGGCGAAGAGGCAGCGUGUGCCUUCAGUUGUGGCCGGUGCUUCGGCCCCUUACCCUUCGCCCCCAAAGACUAGCUCAAACGUGAGCGCCUCCGCCGCCCUGCCCCUGCCUCGUACACGCCGCCAGCCUCGCCCAGCCCGUGGGCCGUGUCCAUUUCUGGUCAAAGCCAGCGGGGCAGGCUUGGCCAGGGUGCACAACUCGGCGCCGUCCCAAGGCCGACGCUCUGUGCGCGCCCGGAACCCUAGGCUUGCGGCCAGGGUUUCCGACGGGCGGAGACGCUUAGCGGCCAGAUCCCACGGAAGCGCGCUCGGAGGGCCGGGACCCGGCCGGACCGGAGAUGGCGCCGCCAGCGGGCGGGGCGGCGGCGGCCUCGGACUUGGGCUCGGCCGCAGUGCUCUUGACUGUGCACGCCGCUGUGAGGCUGCUGGGCGCCAGGCCAGACGCCGAGGCACAGCUGCGGAGACUCCAGCUGAGCGCGGACCCUGAGCGGCCUGGGCGCUUCCGGCUGGAGCUGCUGGACGCGGGACCCGGGGCGGUCAAUUUGGAGUGGCCCCUGGAGUCAGUCUCCUACACCAUCCGAGGCCCCACCCAGCACGAGCUGCAGCCUCCGCCAGGAGGACCUGGAACCCUCAGCCUGCACUUCCUCAACCCUCAGGAAGCUCAGCGGUGGGCAGUCCUAGUCCGAGGUGCCACCGUGGAAGGACAGAAUGGCAGCAGCAGCAGCAGCUCACCACCAGCCCUGGGCCCAGAAGCAUGCCCCGUCUCCCUGCCCAGUCCCCCGGAAGUCCCCACACCUGAGGCAGAUCUUCCUAGGAGCCCUGGAAACUUGAUGGAGAGAGAAGAGCUGGCAGGGAAUCUGGCCCGGGCCAUUGCAGGUGGAGACGAGAAGGGGGCAGCCCAAGCGGCAGCCAUCCUGGCCCAGCAUCGUGUGGCCCUCAGCGUUCAGCUUCAGGAGGCCUGCUUCCCACCUGGCCCCAUCAGGCUGCAGGUCACACUUGAAGACGCUGCCUCUGCCGCAUCCACCGCGUCCUCUGCGCACGUUGCCCUGCAGGUCCACCCCCACUGCACCGUUGCAGCUCUCCAGGAGCAGGUGUUCUCAGAGCUCGGUUUCCCACCAGCUGUGCAACGCUGGGUCAUUGGGCGGUGCCUGUGUGUGCCUGAGCGCAGCCUUGCCUCCUAUGGAGUUCGGCAGGAUGGGGACCCUGCUUUCCUCUACUUGCUGUCAGCUCCUCGAGAAGCCCCAGCCACAGGACCUAGCCCUCAGCGCCCCCAGAAGAUGGACGGGGAAGUUGGACGCUUGUUUCCCUCAUCAUUGGGGCUACCCCCAGGCCCCCAGCCAGCUGCCUCCAGCCUGCCCAGUCCUCUCCAGCCUAGCUGGCCCUGCCCUUCCUGCACCUUCAUCAAUGCCCCAAGCCGCCCUGGCUGUGAGAUGUGUAGCACCCAGAGGCCCUGCACUUGGGAUCCCCUUGCCGCAGCUUCCACCUAGCAGCCACCAGAGGUACCAGAGGUGGCUCAGGCAGGGGAAGUGGCACGGCAGAACCUACAGGAAUGACCCAGCUCCACCCCCACAGGUUACAAGGGGAGAGUGGCCCUUCCCUCAUAGGCGCGACGUCUCCAGGUCCCCGCCGAACUCAGGGGACCUCUACUGACUGCUUGCUGGGACAGAGUCACCAGGGUUGGGGGAAGGGCCACAAACUGAAACCAUUAAAGACACUUACAAGCCA